AUGCUAUCGCAAAUACGCACCAACAUCCAGUCAUGGUGGCAACAGACACCUCUACCAACAAAUACAGCACCGCCUAGCUUCCAAAAGUGGCACAUCUUUGAUCAAGACCAAUGGAUAUCAUUUGUUAGUGACGGAAAUUCUCAGCCUGACAUCAAACACCAAUUGGCAGGCUCAUUCCGACUCGUGACUUGGAACGUCAAUGCAGAUGCACUGUCCCCAAAAUCUCGUAUAUCCGCACUACUGGAGGUUAUCAAAACUACUGGAGCUGUAAACGUUAUUUUCCUGCAAGAAGUAUCAAAGGACGCGCUUACAGCACUACUCGAAGAGCCCUGGAUCCAGAAAAUUGCGCCAUCUGGAGAGCCCCCCUUACCAAGUCGGUUUGGCCGAGACGCGCUAUGCUGCGAUUUGAUCCUCAACUCUUCAAGCAAGCACAUCCCUGAUAAAAGUCCCCUUCAGAUCCGACUCAUCAAUGUCCACUUAGAUUCUUUGCCAAUAAAUCCGUCACUCAGGCCGCAUCAACUGUCCAUUUGCACAUCGUACCUGAGUACAGCUGGCCGCGGCAUCAUCGGCGGCGACUUCAAUCCUGUUCUCCCAGAAGAUGAUGGCCUUGUGUAUGCCAAUUAUCUUAUCGAUGCAUGGGAAUGCAUUCAUCCAAACGACGCCGGUCACACUUGGGGUGUAUACGGUGAACAUGUCUUCCCGCCAAACCGGUUCGACAAGGUUACUCUUUUCAACCUUACCCCUUCGGCUAUGGGUAUCCUGCGAACAAGCGAGGUGGAAUCCCAUGGCGAGAAAAUGUCAGCUGGUGGAACGAAGUUGGCUGAAAAGGUACAAUUUAGCGAUCAUUUUGGUGUUUGGUGCGAGGUCAGGUGGGAGGAAAAUCGAGCGCAGUCGGAGUGA